AUGGGCCAAUCCGUCCCGCAGGACUCGCCUGCGCCGCCGCAGGUGCUGGCUGAGAAGCUGUGGACGCACCCGGACCCGUCUUCCACGCCCAUGUGGCAGUUCAUUCAGCGCGUCAACGAGCGCCACAACCUCGCCAUCACCGGUUAUCCCGAGCUCUACAAGUGGUCCGUCGAGCACGUCGCUGAUUUUUGGCGCGAAACAUGGGAUUUUGUCGGCAUAGUCGCGUCGAAGGAAGCCGAUGAGAUCCUUCCCAAAGAUGCCCCCAUGUACCCCCGUCCCGAUUUCUUCGCCGGCGCUCGCCUCAACUUUGCCGAGAACCUCCUCUUCCCUUCAACCUCGUCGCCGAUUGACCCUAAUGCCACCGCCGUCCUCACCGUCACCGAACUCUCCACCGACGACAUCCGCACCACGACGUGGGCCGAGCUGCGUGAGGCCGUCCGGCGGUGCGCCCACGCCCUGCGCACCGCCGGCCUGCGCCCGAACGACGUCGUCGCUGGCUACGUCUCCAACCAUGUCGAGGCGCUCGUCGCCAUGCUUGCCGCUGCUUCGAUCGGCGCCGUCUGGACCGGAAUCAGCCCGGACAAUGGCGUGUCCGCCGUGCUCGACCGUCUGCGCCAGAUCGCCCCGCGCGUGCUGUUUGCCGACAACGCCACCGUCUACAACGGCAAGUCGUGGCCCGGCGCCGCCAAGACGCGAGAGGUCGUCGCCGCGCUCGUCGACGCCGGCCUCGAGACCGUCGUCGUCAUCGACAACGUCCACGGCGAGGACCUCGGCCUGGACGCGCUCGUCGCCGCCCACCCCGGCCUCCGCGCCGUCGACUACGCCGCCUUCCUCGACGCCGCGCCCGCCGACACCCCGCUCGAGUUCGCGCAGCUGCCCGCCUCGCACCCGCUCUACGUCCUCUACUCGAGCGGCACCACCGGCCUGCCCAAGGCCAUCGUCCACACCGCGCUCGGCACGCUGCUGCAGCACAAGAAGGAGCACGUCCUGCACUGCUCGCUGACGCCCGCGUCCCGCAUGCUCUACUACACCACCACGUCCUGGAUGAUGUGGCACUGGAGCGUCGGCGCCCUCGCCGCCGGCGCCGCCCUCGUCCUCUACUCGGGCUCGCCCUUCCGCCCGCACGGCCACAUGUCGCUGCCGCGCCUGCUCGCCGACCUGCGCGUCACGCACUUUGGCACCUCGGCCGCGUACCUCACCGCGCUCGAAGGCCACGGCGUGCGUCCCGUCGUCGACGACCCGACCCUCGACCUGUCGCGCCUCGAGGCCAUCUACUCGACCGCCUCGCCGCUGCCGCCGUCCACCUUCCGCUUCGUCUACGAGGCCUUCCCGCGCACCGUCAACCUCGCCUCCAUCACCGGCGGCACCGACAUCAUCUCCCUCUUCGGCGCGCCCUGCCCGCUGCUGCCCGUGCGCGUCGGCGAGAUCCAGUGCGCCGGCCUCGGCAUGGCCAUCCGCGUCGUCGACUCCGCCACCGGCGAGGACCUCGCCGCCACCACCCCCGGCGAGCCUGGCGACCUCGUCUGCGUCCGCCCCUUUCCCUGCCAGCCCCUCACCUUCUUCGGCCCCGGCGGCGAGGCCAAGUACCGCGAGGCCUACUUUGAGCGCUUCGCCGACGUCUGCGGCGUCGCCGGCCCCGUCUGGCACCACGGCGACUUCGUCAAGAUCCCGGACCCGGCCACCGGCGCGCUGCUGAUGCUCGGCCGCUCCGACGGCGUGCUCAAGCCCGCCGGCGUGCGCUUCGGCUCCGCCGAGAUCUACAACGUCCUCACGCGCUUCUUCGCCGCCGACGUCGAGGACGCCGUGUGCGUCGGCAGGCGCCGCGAGACCGACGCCGACGAGACCGUCUGCCUGUUCGUGGUGCCCGCCGCGGGGCGCGCGUUCACCGAGGACCUGCAGGCGCGCAUCAAGGCCAAGAUCCGCACGGAGCUGAGCCCGCGCCACGUGCCGGGCGUCGUCGCCCUCGCCGGCGGCGGCGUUCCCAAGACGGGCAACGGGAAAAAGAUCGAAGUUGCCGUCAAGCAGAUCUUGUCGGGCAUGAACGUCAAGACCAAUGCGUCCGUCGCCAACCCGGAGUCGUUGGACUGGUUCCGCGUAUGGGCCAAGACCAACUGA